AUGAAGUCCCUUCUCUUUGCUGUCUCCGCGUCCGUGCCCUUCGUGGCCGCCAACCCGUGGGGAUCUAACCCGUUCAUGAAGGAGCGAGGGGUCUGCGCUGCCGACAACUGUGCCAGAGCCGUGACCGGCACGAAUGCUCCGCAGCCACUAGCCACUCGUCAGGCAGACUGCUCUGCUUUCUUCAGUCCGCUGCCUACUCCAACGGUUCCAUCAUACGCUUCGGCUUGCGGUGGGAACACCCGUUACAGUAGUGCUUGCUCCUGUCUCGGAGUCGCUCAGCCGACCUACACCUGUCUCAGCUCCGCUCAAGCCGAGAACAUCGUCAAAACCUUCUCUUCCUUGUUGACUGCUCCGCAAGCACCAGACUUCGCGUUCAAGGCGACUACCCUGUUGGCGGAUGACUUCAAAGACAAUAGCGACUCCAUCAAUUUCCUCGCUGGGUAUCCUCUCGGAGGGGCUACCUUCCCCAGCAAGCAGGCCUUUAUUGCCGGUCAAGGCAGCCAGCCACCUAUUCCCACUGUGACUACCCUCGAGAUCUUCAACACCUGUAACAAGAUUGCCUGGCGAUGGGUUGCCAAAGGGAUCGGCUCGGGUCAAUACGCUGUCAAAGGGAUCGACACCUUCACGAUCAGUCCUUCGGGACAGAUCAGCGAGGUCAAUGCCGAGUUCAACAGCGGUGCUUGGGCUGCGGAUUUAGCAGGUCUGGGAGGUGCAGCCCCCUCUUCUGGCGCAAGCUCAUCGAGCAGCACGGCGUCAACUACACGUGCAGUAGCAACGACAACCACUCCAGCAGCGGCUCCAUCAUAG